UCCAGCUCAGUUUUCCGGAGUGUUGCAUAUCUCAAACAACAGAAACUUCAAGAUGAAGGUUCUUUUUACAGCCGUCGCUCUAGUCGUCUUAGUUGGCUGUGCGACAGUCAACGGCAAAACCGUUGGCAAGUGUGAACUCGCCAAGGCCCUGUUUAAUAACGGCAUCGCCAAGGCAUCGAUCCCGAACUGGAUCUGUCUCGUGCAGAACGAGAGUGCCUUCAACACAGCAGCGACGAACAAGAACAAGAACGGCUCUACUGAUUAUGGGUUGUUUCAGAUCAACAAUAAAUACUGGUGCGAUUCGAGCUACGGUUCGAAUGAUUGUAAAAUAGCUUGCAAGAGUCUGCUAGAUGAUGAUAUUACCGACGACAUCAAGUGCGCAAAGUUGAUUUUCAAGCGACACGGAUUUAAUGCCUGGUACGGGUGGAAGAACCACUGCAAUGGUAAGGCACUUCCCAAUGUUAAUUCGUGCUUCUAGAACGACCGGUGAGGCACAUGUAGAUCGAAGGCAGAAAACGCAUCCUCUUUUGCUCUUGCUGUCAGUAUUACAAAAACUUUUGGUGUCCUGAUGUCUGUUUGUAACAAGUGACGUGCAUUUCAAAACGAACGCCCACAGAAACAAUAAUAAACCAUACAGUCGAU